AUGAGGGAUGAUACAGUAGUUGUCGCUCACAAAGGCCCCAUGCUACAGAACAGUGAGUCCCCGAAAACAGUACACGAUCAAAUUGCAAAAGUGACUACAAUAUAUGCCUCAAAUGAAUAUAAGUAUCUAAGUCCCAUGAAAGAGUUAUUUCUUUUGUACAACUCCAUGAUUGAUAUCCAGAAUGAAGGUUUCAAUUACGGAUCCAUAUCACUAGAAAUGGAAUUGCCCGAUCGUAGAGGAAGUGAUGACUUUGCAGUGUUACGCACCAUAUUCUAUGCACGACGAAAAAACCAGGUUAGCAAAGAAUUUGAACAUGGAAGUGGAGAACACAUUUCUAGUUUCAAUCUGACUGAACUGUUACGUGAAAAAAAAUUUGUAGAGGACCUUGAGAAAGUGUCUUUUGGAACAAGAAGCGGGAUUGUUACUUCGGAUGAUCCUAUCAAUGUGUACCAAGCUAUUAAGGACAGUCAACUCGACGCCACAAAGCUUUUUAUCACGCUAAAUAAGGAAGGCGAAGACAAGUAUUCCGUUUCAAAGUUGGACGAUUUUCUUGGCGAAUGUUUGAAGGCUGCGCAGGAAGCCUUGGAGCAGGCAGACGCUUCGAAUAAGAAGAAAAAAGAAGGCGGAAAUUUGCAAGGCGAUGAUCCGGUUAGCGGAAGCCAGGCUAGUGAAAGCCAGGUUAGCAGUACCCAAAGGAACGCGCAGGAACCAAAAAAAAACAGAAAGGCUUUAAUGGAUGAAUUCAAACAAAGCUUGGUCUCGAAAGACAUGGCAAAGUGUAAGGAGUCCGCUAAGCUGUUAAUGGCAAAUUCGACGGUAUCCAGUUUAAUGUACCUGUUCGUACUAAUAGCACUAGGCGUCUGCUUGUUGUAG